GGGCGGGGCCUCGGCGGGACUCUCUAGUAGCCGGGGGAACGGCCGGCGUGCUGGCCCGGGGGGCGGAGGCCGAACGGUCCGCCGCGCUUCGCCGGGAGUCGCCCUCCCGCCCGCUCGCCAUGCUCCCGCCGCCCCGGGCCUCGCUCGGGCUGCUGCUGCUGCUGCUGCUGUCGCCCGCCACCGGCACUACCCGGAAGCCGACCCCCUGCCAGCGGUGCCGGGACCUGGUGGACAAGUUCCUGCUGGGCAUGGCCCACACGGCCAAAAAGAACUUCGGCGGCGGCAACACGGCCUGGGAGGAGAAGACGCUGUCCAAGUACGAGUUCAGUGAGGUCCGGCUCCUAGAGAUCCUGGAGGGCCUUUGUGAGAGCAGUGACUUCGAGUGUAACCAGAUGCUGGAGCAGCACGAGGAGCAGCUGGAGGACUGGUGGCUACGUCUGAAGAAGGCACACCCUGACCUCUUUGAGUGGUUCUGCGUGGGGACGCUGAAGGUGUGCUGCACUCAGGGAACCUAUGGGCCAGACUGUCGAGCCUGCCAGGGUGGGGCCCAGAGGCCCUGCGGCGGGAACGGCCACUGCAAGGGCGACGGCACCAGAGAGGGGGACGGGUCCUGCCAGUGCCACAUGGGCUACCGGGGCCCGCUGUGCCUGGACUGCGUGGACGGCUACUUCAGCCUGCUGAAGAACGAGACCCACAGCGUCUGCAGAGCCUGCAACGAGUCCUGCAAGACCUGCUCAGGCCCGACCAGCCGAGACUGUCACGAGUGCGAAGUGGGCUGGCGGCGCAUGGAAGGGGCCUGCACGGAUGUGGACGAGUGCGCGGCAGAGGCGGCUCCCUGCAGCAGCACGCAGUACUGCGAGAACGUCAGUGGCUCCUACACCUGCGAAGAAUGUGACGCCACCUGUGUGGGGUGCACAGGAAAAGGCCCAGCCAAGUGUAAGGAGUGUGUCACAGGCUACACCAAGGAGAGCGGACAGUGCACGGAUAUAGACGAGUGCGCGCUCGCAGAGAAAGCGUGUAAGAGGAAGAGUGAGAACUGCUACAACACCCCGGGGAGCUUCGUGUGCGUGUGUCCCGAAGGGUUUGAAGACACCAAAGACGCGUGUGUGCCGGCGGCGGGCGACGCCCCCGAGGAACCCCCCACCCAGCCGCCCCCACGCGAGGACCUGUGACCUGCGCCCAGGCUCGGGCCCCACACCCUCUCAAUGGUUCAGGUUCCUGUGGGGAACGGUGCCCUGGCCGCCGCGGAGAGGCUGCGGCUCUGCACGGCGGACGCCACCGGCCCUGGGAAAGCUGCCUGUCCCGGCUGUUGUUAAACAGAUUCGUCUAUUUUGCUACUGUUUAUAAUAAAAUGGACCGUUGAAGGUAGCGAGGAA